AUGAGAUUAUUUCUAAUAAUUUUUCAUUUAUUCAUCUUUUCUCAUCCAUCUUCAAGUUGGUUUACAGGUGGAAGACGUCGAAGUAGUACAUGUCGAGAAUAUUUUGGUCAUGAAGCAAAAAAUAAACUUCUUCUUGUUAAUCUUGAACCAAUUAAAAGUGAUUUACGUGCUGAUUUUCGAUCGUAUACAUCAUCAGCUUCUAUACCAGCAUAUAAAAAAAUACGUUUUAUUAAUCAUUGUUGUUUUAUAUUUCCAUCAAAUGAACCUGCACGGAAAACAGAUAUGGAAUUUUAUGGUCGUCGUCAACGUUUAUUAGAAAUUGGUGAGCGUAAUAAUAAAAAACAAAUAACAAUUCCAUCAGAUUUAGAUGAAAACAAUAUACUUUUAUAUACAAAAGAUAAUCGUUUGAUUUGGGCAAAAUGCGCUGAUUUAGAAAGAGAAACAAAAACUUCAUGUGAUUCAUAUUGGUUAAAAGGAUGUCUUGUAAGAGAACAUGGACCCUAUACAUGGUAUUGCAAUUUAACAGAACAUAUUUCAUAUACGGAUGAUAUUCCAAGUAUAACUACUCUACAAGCCGGUUCAGAUUUUAUGGAAAGACAUAGUCCAAGUAUGAAAAAGAGUUGUUAA